AUGCCCCUAUCCGCUUUCAACAUUUCGAUAUCCAGAUCAAUGACGUCUGAAGAGCUACCCGAGGCGGAAAGCUAUGACUCGGCCGUGAGCCGGAAUGAAGGACUCGCCCAGAUUUUCCGUUCCCAGGUUCUUCAGCGUCCAUCGUCAGUGGCAGUUAUCGACGGAGAGAUUACCCUCACCUAUGAAGAGUUGCAUUCGAGGGCCACGGUCCUUGCGCGGGAACUUCGGUAUGGAGAGUUCAUGCUGGGAGAGCCGGUUGGAAUUAUCGCGCGGCAUGGCUUCGCGGACGUCGUGACCCAGAUUGCAAUCCUCUAUGCCGGCGGAAGUUGCGUCCCCAUGGAUCCAACGUUACCAGAUCGCCAGAUCCAAGCUCGACUGCAAAAGCUGCAAACGAGAUACGUAUUAGUCGACAAGGCCAAUGCCAAGCGAAGUCUGCCGUUUCAGCAGCUAGUCAUUGACGACUGGAGCACGCUACCAGACAAAACAUUGUCAGUUUCGGAUACAGAUCUUCCCGUCAAAGCCGACCUCGAACACCGCACUCACAUAAUUCAUACGUCGGGAACGACGAGCGAGCCAAAAGCAGUUCAAAUCGCGGCCCGUUCCAUUCUGCAGGUAGUAUUCCACGCACCAUUUGAGCCGGUCUUGCCAACAGACACAGUCGCCCAUGUCAACAACUCCAGUUUCGAUGUCUCCCUCUUCGAUAUCUGGGCACCGCUGUUGCGUGGAGCUAGCAUUGCCGUUUUGAAGAAGAAUGUUCUGCUGGAUUUACCGGUAAUGGCGGCGCAUAUUGAUCGUUUCAAUAUCACCGUUAUGGCCACAACCACUGCUCUCCUGAACUUGGCAGCAUCAACAUACCCAAAGGCUUUCUCAAAACUGCGAAUUUGUUUCAUUGGCGGAGAAGCGGCCAAUGCAACUGCAAUCAAGACCAUUUUGGUCGAAGGCCCGCCGGCUAAUCUCAUCAACGCAUACGGCCCGACAGAGUGUUGCGUUUUCUGCUUAGCCCAUCGAGUCACCAUUGAGGAUGCUCAAUCAGGAAAUAUCAGUAUCGGGAAACCAAUUGGCCGUGGCCUUGCAUAUAUUUGUGAUGAAUCUGGCGAAUUGGUCCCAGAUGGGGAGGAAGGUGAAUUGUUGAUUGGUGGCGCGGGAGUGUCACCAGGAUACAUAAACCAGCCAGAGAAAAACGCAGCCUCCUUUAUCAGUAAUAAACGUGGACGGUUGUACCGAACGGGUGAUAUCGUCCGGCGAAGGGUGACGGACGGCCAGAUUGACUACGUAGGGCGCCGUGACCAUCAAGUUAAGAUUCGUGGUUUCCGGAUUGAACUUGAAGCGGUUGAAGCGGCAAUGUUGAAAACGGGUCAAUUUUCACAGGCUGUCGCGUUGAAGGUUGACGCCGUACCUGGCGAAGCAGCAGGGUCGGUGUUAAUUGCCUUUGCAGUGCUGGCCCCAGGAUCCAAACGUGAGGCAGUGCUUAAUGCCCUUGAUUCGUUGAAAGCUGUCUUGCCAGACUACAUGGUGCCCAGGAUUGAAAUUCUUCCACAAAUUCCUCUUGAUAACCAUGCUAAGGCAGACCGAAAACAUCUCACACAGUUGUAUCGAGAUCGUUGGGCCGAGCAGCAGACGGUUGGCCUCAACGGCAGUGAUGAAAAAUCUGAAGACACUUAUCAACGGCUCGCUCGCUUGUGGUCAUAUAUCCUUGGUCUUCCAGUGUCUGCCAAAGAUCAUGAUGCGGACUUCUUUCUCCUCGGAGCCACCUCGUUACAAGCAUCCCUUCUUAUCAGCCAGAUACGUCGGGCCUUCGAUGCAGAAGUCUCACUUUUGACAUUGUACGAUAAUUCCAGCCUUGCGAAGCUAAGUGCGAUCAUCGAAGAAAGCCAGGGUGGUACCACUCGGGCAGUAUUCUAUGAACAGGACGUAUGGCUGGAUGAUAGCAAGAUGGCAGACGGACUUGGCCCGCUACCAGGCCCUGUGGUCGACUGGAAACACGAGACUGAAGGACGUGUCUUUUUGACAGGUGCCACGGGUUUUGUUGGUGCUUUCUUUCUGGCUGAUCUUCUACACCUGCGGGAUGUGCAUCAGGUUGGCUGUCUGGUACGGGCCGCAGACCCAACAACUGGCUUGAAGCGUCUCCAACGAGCCCUGGCUAAAUAUAAUCUAUGGGAGGAUUGGUUUGUGGACAAGUUGCUGCCAAUAUGCGGUACCCUUGAGGACCAGCACUUGGGUCUAGGCUCGCCCGAACGAUUCGAAGAGUUUGCAAACUGGACCAGCGUUAUCUUUCAUCUGGGAGCACGAGUCAAUUACACGCAGCCCUACUCUCUUCAUCGCCCGGCCAAUGUGGUGGGAACAGUGAAUAUUCUGCGUCUCGCAUGCACCGGCCGAACAAAGGCGUUGCACUAUGUCUCGAGUAUAUCCUGCUUUGGGCCGACGGGAUACAUAAAUGGUUUCCAGCAUGUCACAGAAGAUGAAUCGUUGUUAAAGCACCUCGAUGCCCUCCCCUAUGACCAUGGAUACGCGCAAAGUCAGUGGGUUGUGGAGAACAUGCUGCAACGACUCAUCAAACUGAAUUACCCCAUCGCUGUCUACCGACCAGGGUUCAUCACCGGCCAUACUCAGACCGGCGCCUGCAACCCAGAUGACUUCUUCAGCCGUCUGAUCCACGCGUGUGCCGAAAUAGGAUGUUAUCCAUUGCUUCCAAAUCAACGUAAAGAGUUUGUGCCUGUUGACUAUGUCAACACCGUCAUCCUGCAUAUAGCCUCACUGCCCGCUGAUUCUGCUUUGGGCCAUGCGUAUCACAUUGUUCCUCCGAAUCGCGCCGCUUCAAUCGACAUGAAUGACUCCAUGGAGCUUGCCAGUUCAUCAAAUUCCGAUAACACUGGUGCCAAAGGCGUUCCUUAUCGAGAAUGGAUUGAAAUAUUGAUGGAGAAGUCUCCAGAGCGACUGCGUCCUCUGCAGCCCAUGCUGACAGAGAAGGUGCACCAGGGACUCACGCGAUGGGAGCUCUAUGAGAAUAUGCCAUUAUAUGAGACCAGCAACACGAAUAAAGCUCUAGAAAGCUACCCUGGCGAGCUUCAGUUUCCAAUCUUAGAUGGCGAGUUGAUGCAGAAGUAUCUCUCUUAUCUCCAGUCUUGA